UAGCGUUCGGUAUCCAAGUCUGUGUUUAAGGUGUCACUCGGAACUCGCACAAAUUGGUGGUUGUCGUUCCCUUAUCUGCCUCUUUUUACCCUGUAGACGGCUUUUGUCUCCGUACCGUGCGUGGUUUCCUUGACUUUAUUGUUUUUACCAUUCUUUUCCCAUCCGAUCGCCCUUCUCAUCUUUCCAACUGAUCGCCACUCCAACCGAAGGCGAAAGACGAAAGACGACAACGCAGAGAAGAGAAAGAGGCAGCCAAGAAAGAAAGACCGAAAGUCGAGGAUUUCCCAAAAGUUCGGCACAACUCUCGAUCCGUCUUUCGUUCCUCUCCUCCCCGUCUUAUUGUCUCCCGCUCUCGUCGCACCAAGGGUCGCAAAAACCUCCAUUUUGUCCACCAACCCAGAAUCCCUGCACAUCAUCGAACCCCCGUCUCAUCUCUUGAGCGCCAAAAACGCCAGACCCCUCUUUGUUGAGGUUACACACUUCUUUCGUCACUCUUGCGAUCACAAGAGAGUGUGCGUGGUCCUCCAUAGCACCUAGCAGCUGGUGCGAACGACAAAGCAACUUGCUAUUUACUCUUCUCACGGAGAGACGAGCCUUGCGACGAAGAAAGUGUGAACGUUUCUAUUCACCAGCCCCGAAAUCAGCCGCUCGACCUCAACGAUAAAGCGCUCAGUCCCGGCAUAUACGGAGGGAAGAGAGCAUCGCUAGAGAAGAACGAGAUUGAUUCGAGACCGACAAAGAACGACGGCAAAAGUCGAGAUCUACAACUACGGCGAUCAUCCAUCAGCAGGGAUCAAAAAAGUGCAUCACGCCCCUGCACCCCUUUCUCGCUCUUCCGCUCCAGCCCACUGCUUGCGAGCCUCCUUCGGUUGUGCUUGAUUGUCGUUAGGCGCUUAGGACAGUUGAAGAUCGAUCUGAGCCUUUUCCAGUACAGUACAUCAUCCCCGGGCUGUGGAUCCUGUCAACAAUCAACAAGGUACAUUCCCUUCCGUACCCCUCAAUUACCCCCCACUCUCCUUUAUCACAUCGCCUUUCCUCGCUUCUCCGGAUUUGACGGGCAAUCACCUGGACAACAGUAGACAAGGGAAGAAACGACAGUGAAAGGGUCUGGGACUGUGUGGUGAAAAAGGUGAGCAGGUGUGUCCUUUCUUGUUCGGUUUGGGUGUGUGUGUUUGUGCCGUGUGCCUUGGGACUCGGGCGUUGACUGGUGGGACGAUGGGUGAUGGGCGAUAGGCGAUGGGGUUGUGGGCGAUGUGCAGUGGCGGUCGCAAGGGGCAUGAUACUCGUUGAUGGGUAAUAUGUGGCCCAGGGUCGAUGGGCGAUGGGUCAGACAUACCCUAGAUCCAUGCCGUCGCUCCAUGGGACCAUGACACCGUCAGUGCACCAGGGGCCGCACUCGGGGACGGUGUGGCGCACAUCACUUGGUGCUUCCGCGUGCUUCUCUGGGGGUGUACGGGGGAGGGGUAGUAUCAGGGCAGCGCGUACAUUCCUUGGGUGCACACGGCUGGGGCGGGGUACGGAAGUGAUCGCCGUAUGCCAUCGCCCAUUCUCUGCUUCUGACUGUGCUAUGUCCAAGGACUCACGCUGACGAUCGCAUUCUCUCUCCUGCAUCUCCAUCUCUAUCUCCGACGCCACGACCCUGCUGUUUGAUCCCUCCCUCUGUGCCUCUCGAUUGUCUCUGCCCUGCGGCUGAUCCCUCCCUGCACACUUUCCCCGAUACACCUCCCCUCUGACGAUCUUUGCCUCGGGUAUACGCACCUCGGCCUCUGCUUCUUUCCAUCGAUCGCAUCGCAUCCUCUGUCCUUUGCGUUCAAUUGUCCCUCGGCCUUAUAUCCCAUGUCGCCCCACACCGCCUGUUCUUCCCCGCGCACCCAUGCAGUGAGCACGAAAAUCGCCCCGACGAGCAGCGAACACCGUUCUUCUGCAUCUACUAUCACCGCCCGUGAAAGCGGUAAUAUGGUAACAGCGACGUUCGCUACCCAUCACGUAUACUUUGACGCACCGCCCCUCUCCCCCUCCAACAUCUCGCCCACCAGCCGCCCAGGCGCAUCCCUGUUCACCACCACAUUCAAACACCCCGCAGAGCCUUCGCCCAAGGGCAACAUGGCGAGACGUUCUUCACGUGCCGACCCGAUGAUCCGGACGGACGACGAGGCGUAUGAGGAAGAUGAGGGCUACGGCGAGCUUGGUCAGAGACAUCCUUUGAGGCGGGUCAAAGAGGACUCGAAAGAAGAGGAAGAGGCGAGGCAGGUGUCUGGGGGCGAUGCCAUAAGUCUGCCUGGCAUCAAGUCGUUACUCAGCGGUGCUGGUGAUCCCCCGUCUGUUCUGAACUCGGCAUUAUUCCAGUCACCCUCGCUCCCGUCAUUGGUACCAAACUCUCCGACAUCGCCCUCCACCGCCGCUUCAGGCCGUACAUCUCGAUUUUCUUCUCUGACAUCCUCAGCCGCCGUCGAGACGUCCGCCCCAGGCUGGUGGCACCCAGAUUUCAACGGCAACCCAUUCAGUGCCCACCAAUCUUACCGCUCCAACGCCCUUCCCCACACACAAACCCACCUUUUCGAUGAGCACGAUCAAAAACGCCGUCGAUCCGAUGGCCCUCCUCCUGCGGCAGACAACGAAGAGCUCGCGAGGCUCAAGUGGCAGGCCCAAAGUCGGAACGCCUCGUUCCCAUCUGCUUCCCCCAGCGGAUCAUCCGGACCUACGACCCCGACCAACUGGCCAAGUCGCGCCUCGCUGCAUCCGCCCUCUGCGCCGUAUGCUGGGGUGUCUGCUGCCAUGUCGCGAGGCUCGCUGUCGGGCAUGUCGGGGGGCGAGGGGGUGUCUCCGCCAGUGUCCCGCAGGGCGAGUCCACGCUCGAGGAACGGGAGUCUGGUGAGCGGGCAGCUGGCGAAACACUUUGCAGACUUGUCGGCCGAUAGUCCUCGAGGCUCCCUUUCUGCUCCUUCAGCACCAGAACGGCGACUGAGCGUGCACCCCCCAGCUUUCCUUGGUACAGAACGUCGGGCUUCAUCUUUAUUACGUCCCCUCUCGACACCUGAUUCAGAGAAACCUCUCCCCUCUUCGUCGUUAAUUAUACCAGCCAUCUCCCGUCCGUCAUCAGCAGCGUCAGAUCGGCUGAGACGGCAGUCGAAUACCCAGCCCUCGACACCUGACGGUGAAGUUCGGCGGUCGUCGUUGUCAGACAUGAUCAAGGCCCAGAGCGGGGACGACGUCGCUAUGAAAGAAGGCAAGUACCUUGCUGAGAAAUCACCGCUCUCUGAGCCGAUCCUCGCCGCGCCUUCACCGCUUCGUGCUUCGCCCCAGUCUGUAUUCUUGCCGGUCCCUUCAGGGCGCCGCGAAUCGACAGAGUCGAUCAGCUCGUACACUGCGCAUCUUGCCAUCAGCCAAGACGACGACCGUACGCUGUCGGGCAGGGGCAAGAAGAGGUCAGUGGAAGAACGAGAAGACGUCAUGUCUGUCGGGGAGAGUAGUGGGAGUGGGAGUGGGGACCCAGGGAUGAGGGGUAUGGAAGUCCUUGCUGAAGAAGCGCUUCGGGCAGCACAAGAGGAAGAAGGCAAGAGGAGUGGGGAGGAGGAGGAUGAGAUGGAUGAGGAGAGGGAUAGUCCGGGGAAAGGUCCGGGGUCGGGCGUGGCGGGGCCAAAGUAUGUCUGCUCCUAUUGCGCAAAGUCGUUCUCAAGGCCGAGUUCGUUGAAGAUUCAUACGCAUAGCCACACGGGCGAAAGACCGUAUGUGUGCCACGAACCAGGCUGCGGCCGACGAUUCUCGGUCCAGUCCAACCUCAAACGACAUGCGAAAGUGCACCAAGUCGGUUCGAAUGGCGUUUCGAAAGACACGCCAGUGACGACUACCGCCCCCGCGCCCAACCCGGGUCCGAAAGCGAUCGUAACUCAAGACCCUCCACCCCAUGCGCCAUUCCAACCUCAAGGCCAUGCGCACAUGGUCCCGCACCCGCACCCACACCAUUCUGGAGCGCAUCCUUAUGCUCACGGUCACCACCCGAUGCAUGCGAUGCCGCAUAUGCCGCCGGGGUACUAUUUUGCCCCGGGGUACGCGCCUAUGCCUAUGGGUAUGGCCCAACCGCCUCCUCAUCCGCAUCAGCAAGGCAUGGUACCGCAAGGAUACUAUCCUGAUCCGAGGUAUGGGAUGAUGCACUCGCCGUCCGCGGGGAUGGGGCCGGAAGGCUUUGGCCAGCCGGUGGGAAUGCCGCAGCCGGCUCAGUAUGGGCAUUAUGCGGAGCAGCCUCCAUCUCAAGCCCAGGCUCCGCCGCAGGAGGUGAAGGGCAGUCGUAGGAUGGGGAGUUUGGUGAAAGGCGGAAAAAAACGCCGUUCUCGAGGAACGGAUGGAGGGAUCAAGGAGGAGGAGGAAGAGUAAGGGAUGAGGCUGAAGGACGAAGAAGAGUGCUUCGUUGUAUUCUAUGGACUCUUUUUUUCUCUCUUCCGUAGCGCUUAGAGCGACUUAUGAUCAUCUGUUUUCAUAUCUACCAUGCCUUCUCGUUGACAUUUCUCUGAUUAGAAGAUCUCUUCCUAUAGCAUUAUUUUUCUGGCGAGUAGUCUAGUGGUUUCGCGUUAUCGUACGAACUGCAGUAUAGAGCAGAACAGCUUGUAUACCUAGGUGUUGAUGAUAUGUCAUUUACGUAUGAUAGUCGUCGAUCCGCAUGUGCCCGUGAGCGUAUGAAGACGCGAGCAAGCCUCACGCUCUCGUUUGAAUGCAUCGG